GCCAAUCGGGUGGCGCCUUCGAGAAGGUUGCCGGCAGGUUUUGGCUGCUAGUUGCUGGAAGCGAUUUCUGUACCGAAGAAGGAAGAGGCCGAUUCAGGGGAAUCGAGGAGAUAAGGGCGGUCGGGUCAGUUUGGGCCCAGAAGAGGACUAGGACCUUAUUCUGGGCUAAAGAAGGAAAGAGGUUUCAACUCCGGUAAAACGGACUCCUUCCUAAGAGAUGGAAACUUUACAGACCUGUGCUUGUUCUGGACCAGGUAGAGAUUUGGGCAUCCAAAACUGCCUAAAUGGAACCUUCCUAUAUUUUGCCUAUGGUAGUAACUUGUUGCGGGAGAGGAUAAUGUUAAGAAACCCGUCUGUGGCUUUUCUCACACUGGCACAUCUUCUGGAUUAUAAACUUGCUUUUGGCUCUUAUCAAGGCAAACCAAGUUCGUCUUGGCAUGGAAGUACAGCAACUAUUGUUUGUUCUCCGGGUGAUGAAGUCUGGGGAAUAAUAUGGAAAAUGAACACUACUGACUUAUGUUCUCUUGAUAAACAAGAGGGCGUUGAAAAUGGUAUCUAUGUCCCAAUGGAAGUGACCGUUACGUCUCAAGAAGGGAAAGUAUUUAAUUGUCGAAGUUACCAAAUGGAUAAUUAUGUUUCUGGGCUUCCUUCUCCACACUACAAAAAGGUCAUCUGUAUGGGUGCCAAGCAGAAUGGUUUGCCAGUCGACUAUCAGAAGAAAUUGGAUUCUAUAGAGACAAACAACUACGAAGGACCUGUGCCGGUGUUUGAUGAAAUUAAAGCUGCUCUCAGUGCAUCAGGGGCAGUAGAAUAAAUAACGGAAAAUAUUUAAAAAAUA